AUGAAAUAAUAUUAAUCAUAACCAUAAAAGUCUCCUUCGAACAAAGAAAAGAGUAACACAGUCUUCACUUAAAUGGACUCUGUUGAAAAUGGUUGCUCAAAUGAUAGUAAAUAACAUGAUCAAUAUUUCAAUCAGAUUAUCUAAAUGUUAUAAAAAAGACAAGAGUUUUAAGAAUAAGAAUACAGAAUUAAAGUUGCUUCUUUAUAAAAAAGGAUUAAAUAUUUAAUUUAAAUUAGUUCUUAACUUACAUAAUAAAAUACUUAACUAAAAUUAUAAUAUUCUGAUUUAGUCAAAGAAUAUGACAUUAUGAAAGACAGAAUUAUUAAUUAUGAAGGAAUUAUGAAAACUAAAAAUUCAGAUUAUUAAUAAAGUUUAGAUGAAGUAACUAAAUUAAAAACUGAAAGAGAAAAACUAAUAGGAUUAGCCAAUAAGUAUCAUGAAAGAUCAAAAAUUAGAUAGAAAUAAAUUAUCGAUUAAGAAACCGCUAUCACCAUUUUACAUAAAUAAGUUAAUGAUUUAUAAAAGGAUAAUCUAAUAUUAGUUUCUGAAAAAUAAAAUUUAUUAUUGCAAUUUUAAUAAAACCCUUAAUUUGCUAAUUAAUAAUAAAAUAUAUUGCAAUAAGAAAUUGCAACUAAAAUAUCAUAAAAUAUAGAUCUAUCCAAUAAAAAUGAAAUACAAUAAAUUAUCAAACGAUUUUUGAAUGAUUAUUGCGUUCAUCUUACUUAUAUUAAUAAUGAGACUAAUCAAUUAGUAGUUUUACUAAAAGAAUAUCAUGACAUUAAUCUAGAUAUCAAUAAUUAAUCUAAAUAUAAUAUGCUCAUAAAGUAAUUUGAUUCUUUAAUUAAUAAAUAUAAUCAGAUGUUAGAGUAAUAGAUUAAAUUUCAAUAUUAAUUUAAUAUUUCUACUUAAGACACUCUAUUAUUAAAUAAUAAUAAUCAGAAUUUUUACAACAGUAAUAAUAAUGCAAAUAAUACUAUUUUAAGUAGUAAAAGAAACAGUUAUAAUAAUUUUUAUCAAAAUAAUGUUAAAUAAGAUAUACUUAAAACGAGUAAGUUUAUUAAGAUAUAAUAAAUUAACAUGUUUCUAACUUAAAUUGUAGAAUCAUUUAUUAUCUAUAUUUUUAGAGUUAGAAAUUUGAAUCAUUAAAUUCUCUAAUCAGACCCAUCUUAUAAUGAAUAAAAAACUACUCUAAAGAAAGUCAUAAUUAUGAUCAUUGCAAUAAUUAGAAUGCAAAAGAAAAAAAAAUAUCAUGAUUAUAAACCAAUGAUUAUAGAAUUGCCUAUUGAAGAGACUAUGUAUUAAUUGCUAGAAAUAAUAAGCACUUAAUAAUAACUAAUAGAGAAGUUUUAAGAGUGA